CCGACCCUACCUCCCCCUCACAGAAUAUCCCUAUCAUUUACCAUAGCACCCUGAACCCACAUCACCAUGACGACGUCAGCGCUGCGUCGCCAGGUGAAGAACAUUGUUCACAACUACUCUGAGGCAGAGAUCAAGGUGCGCGAAGCGACCUCCAACGACCCCUGGGGCCCCUCCUCCUCCCUGAUGUCGGAGAUCGCUGACCUCACCUUCAACGUGGUGGCGUUUGCCGAGGUCAUGGGCAUGGUUUGGAAACGCCUCAAUGACCACGGCAAGAACUGGAGACACGUCUACAAGGCCCUGACCCUGCUUGACUACCUGAUCAAGACCGGCUCAGAGAGAGUGGCUCAGCAGUGCCGCGAGAACGCAUUCACCAUACAGACGUUGCGUGACUUCCAGUACAUGGACCGUGACGGCCGCGACCAGGGGGGCAACGUGAGGGAGAAAGCCCGCCAGCUGGUGUCACUACUCCGGGACGAGGAGAGGCUCGGACAGGAGAGGAGUCAGGCACUUAAGACCAAAGAACGCAUGGCGGGCGGGACGGGAGGAGGUGGUGGGAUGGGACAUGGAGGCGUACCUCCAGCCAACCACCCUGGGAGGAGGACCAGCCAGCCCAGUGUGGCAGCUCUGUAUGGGGAGUUCAGCUGCUCGCGGGGGUCACCCUCCUCCUUUAACUCCUCCUCCUCUUCUCCUCGUGAGGCGUCUGAUCUAGAGCAGGCCCGCCCCCAGACUAGUGGGGAGGAGGAGCUACAACUGCAGCUGGCCUUGGCCAUGAGCAGAGAGGAGGGGGAGAAGGUCCAGCAUUGUCUCCACGGAAAUGAGUCGUUGAUGCACAGAACCCCGGAGGUGAGCAGGAGGGAAGGACAGGCAGGAGAGUCGACUAUUUUCGAUCUAGUGGAUAUCUUUGACCCCACCUCUUCUGAAGCUCCGCCCCCUCCAGACGACCCCUGGGUCUCCCUGCCUGCUGUGACCUCUGACCCCUGGGACUCUGUAGAAGCGGUCAACUCCACUACGGCUGUGAUUGGUAGUCCCUGGAAGACCCGCCCCUCUUCCUCCAGCCCCAUCAAUCCCUGGGCUCCGUCAUGCUCUCCCACCUGGGAUGCCCUGCCCGCAUCUUCAUCAAGCCCUGUCAGUCAUGGCUGCGAGAGCCCACCCCCUCACCCAGGGGAAGGUGCUGAUUGGACGGAUCCCUUCUCUGUCAGGGAAAAGGAGGAGUCUAAUGGAGAGGUUGGACCACCCAGAGUCUUCACAUCACCACGUGACAGUCCUACAGACACAGACCCGUUUGGGGAGCGUGUUCUGCCCCCAUCGGUCAACGGAACUGAAGAGGACAGCCCAGAGAUGUUCCACCUGACUCGUCCAGCCCCCCCUCUGGGUUCCAAGAGCCCUCGAAUGUGUCGUACCCCAGAAGCCUUCCUGGGACCGACGGGGGCGUCCCUAGUCAACCUGGACGCCCUGAUACCUCCUCACCCUCCUAACAAGACCCACAACAACCCCUUCCUUUUAGGCCUGAGUGCUCCCUCCCCCACCAACCCGUUCCACUGUGACCAGCCGCGCCUCACCCUCAACCAGAUGCUCCGGCCCAGUUCCACCUCCCCCGUACCCCCCCACACCCUCUCCUACAGCCCCUCUCUACCCCUCCCCCUCCCCCACCAGCCGUCCGGAUUCCCCUCCUCCCACACCCAGCCUUCCCACAGUGUCCUGGACGUCCCCCAAAACCUACCACACCCCUUGCUCCCCCUCUCCCCCGCCCACCUCACCAAGCCCCCAACACACAGCCACAACCCCUUCCUGUGAGGUCAUUUCCUCUCCCCCCCGUACCUUUCUGUUGCCUUUUUAACUGGAGCCAACAGGCUUUACAAACCAGACACGACUGGACACAACUGGAAUCUAA